CCCUUUAAGGCUGCCCGCCGUGCCAGUGACUGUUGUGUCGGUCGGAGACAGUCUGCUCCUCUACGGUCUGGACUGGUCCAGCUAACAUUAGCUGCCUGCCUGCCUGACUGACUGACCUGCUUGGCUCAGAAGCCGGACGGAUUACACGGACAUCAGUAGUUUUAUUUUUAGGCCUGCUAACUAACGUUAAAACGAAUUGUUGGAUGGUAGCCAGGAAGACAUAACUGGGCCGGGAAGCCGUCAAUGCCGAGAAAGACAGAGGGUGAGUUCAAAGAAGUACCGUCUUUUCACGGCUGGGACGUUAUACGAGGAGGAGCUAACUUGGCUAACUUAGCUUUGGCAGUGUUGACACAGCGGUGACCGUAAAUAACACGGCUCGAAUGAAUACAGUGUUUUAUUCUUUUAAAAUAAGAGAAACUUAAAAGUCAAAACACAGGCUUUUAAUAACGUAAAUCUGUGUUGAUAGCUUUGACGAUAACACUUACCUUAACACUCUUAAUACUCCACCCCCUCAAUGCUAACCAGUAUUAGCUAUUGUCAAUGUUUACACUGAUUUUCUUAUUAUUUUAACUCCUGAAAGUCUUCCACAUCCCGAAGUAAUCUUCAUUUAAAUAAUUUUUACCAUGCUGUGCUGGAAAUGUGAUUUUUGCUGAACCUGUUGACACUUAGGAUCACAUUUAUAAUAAUGGUAAUAAUAAUAAUGAUAAUAACUAUUUGUAUAGGACUUUUAAAAACAGAAUUUUACAAAGUGCUGUGACAUAUAGUCAUAGAGCACAUGGAAAAAGCUAAAAAAAACAAAAAGCUAAUUUAAAAAGGAGUUGAAGGCCAUUUUCAUGUCAUAAUACAAGAACCAUGCAACAUAAAAUGAGACCAUGAAGACCAAAAUAAAAACAUUAAAUAAGAAUAAAAAUAAGAAAUAUAUGCCUCUAAAAGUUAUCUACUAUUACAGUUAUCUCCGAUUUACACAAGAGUUAUAAAGUCUGAAAAAUCAGCAGCCAACAAAAUGACAACAAACAUGUCUCACAUUUGAGAAGCUGAUAAUGAGUAUUUAUUGAUCCCACUCUCAUCUUAUGUGUAUGUCCUUUUAUUCCCAGAUCCAUGGCAAAGUGGCUGAAGGACUAUCUAAACUUAGGCAGCAGGCGUGACCCUCCUCAGCCCCCGAGGCCAGACUACACCGAGAGUGAGAUUCUGAGGGCCUACAGAGCUCAGAAGGAGCUUGAUUUUGAGGACCCUUACCAGCACUCUGAUAAGGAGCAUCAGAAUGGUGGUUUUAGCUCCUGCAGUGCCACAGUGAGCCUUCCCUCGUUCCCUGCAUUCGGUUCAGUGCUGCCCAAUGGUGUGGAGGUAUGGCAUUCAUGCUUUAUGCUCAUGUAUCCAAAUAAAGUGUAUUUAUUUAAAGGGAUAUUCCGGCGUAAAAUUUAUUUAGGGUCAAACACACCAUAACACCGAGUUAGACACCCCCUCAAGAGAUAAAUGUUGCCGACUGCUUACUUCUCUAGUUUACAAUUUUAGUAACGACCACAGAUAGCAAUACACAAUAGUCACCUACUCUCUUCCAGCAGCCGCUUGUUUGUAGCGAGACCUUGGGACAGUCCAUUUUCAUUAAUUAAUGAUCAUAAAUGUUCUUUCUUGAGCUGCGUCACCCCGCCGCAGUCCGUAAUGGACUGGCCCAAGGUCUCACUAUAAACAAGUGGCUUCUGGAAGAGAGUAGGUGAGUUGUAGGGACCCUAUAUGUACUGUUGAUGAAGUUAGGUGCUGUUCUGAGCAUUAAUUGUGGCUAUAGAGUGGCGUUUUGGUUGAGGCUUACAUGUGAUAUUUUCCAGGUGAAAGUUGUGUCACCAAAGCACAGACUCAUUAAAGUGGACUCCCAGGAGUUUGGCCGUUGUAAAGUCCCCUUAAGUCCUGUGACAGUACAAGAGGAGCCUGUAAGACAGUUUUCCAUUUUCUCCUCUGCUUUUCUUGACUUUUUCUGACCCACGUGACCCAGGAGUGGGAUGUCCUGCUUUCUCACGUGUGAAUAGCUCUUUAUUUAUCUCUCUCUACCAAGGUGGUCCCAUCUGCCCCAGCAGCUUUGGACGCUGACACUGACUACUCGGAUCCAUUUGAUGUCCGUCCAGACCCCAGGGGUAGAUCAAACUGGGAACAUAAACCUGCGCCAACAGACUGCUGCAGCUAUAUGGAACCAUUUGAAGCACAGCGGAUUAUUUCAGGUUAGCUGGACUUGUAUAGACAGAAGAUGCUUCCAUGCAGCAGUGUGGUGUAAAUUUUACGGGUGAAAUAGCCAACAGGGUUCAUUUGUAAUGGUUGCAUUGCUUUAGGACUGUCAGGAUAUGGUUACAGGCGUAAUAGAUGAAGAUUUAAAACACUCACAGUAAAUAGAUAUAAAUAAAUCCGUGUGUAUUUGAGAUUUCGAUCGGCACAGAUGGCUGAUGUCUGUUUGUGGGUUUAAGUUCUGCAAAGUCAUUUCAUGUCUUUGUUUAUCUUACAGAGCUGCAGCACAGUGCAAUGAUUAACCGAUCUGGAGGAGGAGAUGGUGGCCAGUUAUAUGAUAACCCAUACGAGGAGAGGACCCGUCACCACCACCGAUCUGCUCCAUCAGGGCAACAGCAAACUCAGAGGAUUGAGGGUGGACUUUCUCUGAUAGACAGCAGGGAGAGCAGGCUGCCUCAGGAUGACGAGAGGCCGGCUGAUGAGUACGACCAGCCCUGGGAGUGGAAAAAGGAUGACAUCUCUAAAGCUUUAGCAGGUGAACUUGCACUCUCGGUAAUUUCAGGUCAGGUGUGUCUCGAGUUUUUUAGUAACUAACCCUUGUGAUCCUUCUGACUGUAGUCCAGUUUGAAGGGGCUGAGAGGGAGCGUUCAAGAGCUCAGACAGACCAGACCAGACUCACUAAGCCGGGCACUACAUCUUCCUCAAACGACUCAACGACACUGCGUCUAGUUGGUGACACUCCUCCUCUGUUGGGCGAGAGAGUGGAUCCCUGUAUGCCACUGGAGAGACAAGUGUAAGUGAUGGUUUUAUCUCAUGACAUUGGACAGCCAGGGUCAUCUUUCUUUCUGAAAAACUUGAUUUUAGUAUCUCUUCUGUGCUGAACUAUUUAAAUAAUGCGAAAGUUUAUUGAUUUUCUAAUGAGUAACGUCUGAAAAAUGAUUAUAAGUAUUAAAUCGGAAAAUUCUUUUUCUUAGUAAGAGAAUUCAACUCACAAAUAAAGGAUUUUUGUAAGCUUAUUUUGAAGACUUGGGAACUACACUUUGAGCUGUACAGUAGUCUUUUGUUAGCAAGGACUGUAAAGUCGUUUAACAAGACGACACAAGGAAAAAAAAAAGUUCUUGGAAAACACAGAAUCAUUAUACUUCCAUGUUUGAAGGAAUACCUGAGUUUUAACUGUAUAUUGUGUUUGUAGCAUAAGAAAACAUAACAUAAGGGCUUCCAGCUCUGCAUGGAGAUAUUUUGGUGUUUAAUUGUUGUUUGCAUCGUGACAAUUAGGCAGAUAAAGAAAAUUACUAUCUGAUAUUCUCAGAAACAAGGUGUGAGGUUUAAUUUCCUUUGGGAAAGCAAAUAUGAAUAUGCGCUCCUCUUUGUUUUAUUCCCCUCGUUUGUGUUUAGCUGUGUGUGUCCCUCGGCUGUGAUCUUUUUUAUUACAUCGACUCCUUUGGAUUUUACGUAAAAAUCUGAGCUCGGUAAAGUAGCAAGAAACAUUCAGUGAUAAUCAGUCAUCUGGGGCAGAGUGUCGAGAAUUUCAUUAUCCUUUUAUCACCAUCUUCAUAUCUCUGCGCUCCUUAUGGAAUCGAAAUAUGCAGCGAUCAUUUGAAGAGGUGGUGUCCUUUUUCAUAUUUUACAGAUAAAUAUCAAGUGAGAAUGUUUGGCGCCAAUAAAGAGCAAGUUUCAGGUCGUGAGGUAAAUAGGAGGUGGAAAAUCUCAGGCUGCUCCGAACUUGUUCAAAACGGUCUCACAAGACUUCCACAAGAGCCGCACAAGAUAUCCUUGAAAGAAGGAAAUAUUUUAGGUCCUUUUAAAAAUGGCUAUAUUUUAUCAUUUGUAAUUUUAAAUGGAGAAAUAAAGCGUAGUUCCUGAAUUCGGGGUUCCUGGAGUUCUAGGAGAGACCGUGGGUGAAUAAAGCGUUUCAGAUAGGUGUUGAAAUGAGACUUCUCUGUCCGUCAUUGGUGGUUGUUGCUGCCUGUGCCUAAUCUGCAUGUCCUUCCAGUCACUGAUUAGUCAUGUUUCUGCUGGUAGCAGCCUCCACGUGGUACAACAGCUGACAUUUGUUUGUGAAUUUAUCAGAAAUUCAUUGUGAUUCAGAGGGUCUAACAAUGCCUCAGACCAAGCACUGUUCAGCCACUUUGACUUGUUUGCUGUAUAAGAGUAUAAUCUUGCAUUUUUAUCACCAAUUACUUUGAAACCACGUGACCAGCCAAUCACAAUGAAACAAAAUAGGACCAGAUUUUUGUCAUAUAACCGAAUCUAGCUGAACUUGUUGAGUAUGUACACUAAGGAUAAAGAGUACAGAAGGAAUUUUAUGGUGUAUGACUUUAAAAGAAAGGGUGAAAACAGGAUCAGAGAACCACAAGCGGCUCGAAGCUACACUGUCUUGAUUGAAGUAAACUGUUUUCUUUAAAUGUUUCCUGCUGGUCCCUCUGCAGGUGGUACCAUGGCACCCUGAGCCGCUCUGAGGCCGAGACUCUUCUCACUCUGUGCAAAGAGAGCUCUUACCUCGUGAGAAACAGCCAAACCUGCAAAAAUGACUACUCCCUGUCCCUCAGGUAUACUCCCCUCCUUACACUUUACCCCAGCUGUGUGUGUUAUGAUAAAACCACGAGUGUUCAGUACUUCAUAUUCUAGGCCAGUCUCAUUACUGAGCCGUUUGUAUCAGCCUCUGUUGCAGUAUUUAACUGUUUCCCACAGUCUAAACUUGUUACAUCAUUUCUCCGUCUUAAAGGGGAAUGGUGCUGCCUGAAAUAAUCUUGUAAUAAUCGGAUACAGUUUUGCUGUAUUCAUAUUUAUUACUUUAAGAGUCGAGACCUUUCCCUCUUUCUUGGUCGAGGUUAAAGGGAUAUUCCGGCGUAAAAUUAAUUUAGGGUCAAACACACCGUGACGCUGAGUAGACACCCCCUUGAGAGAUGAAUGUUGCUGACCACUUGCUUCUAGUUAUACCAACUUCAGCAACGACCGCACGAUAGCAAUACACAGCGGUCUGAGAAGCCAUAAACAAACCUCGACCAAAACACCACUCUAUAGCCACAAAUAAUGCUCAGAACAGCACCUAACUUUAUCAACAGGACAUAUAGGGUUCUAGUCAUAGUACUAGCCACCAAACACAACUCACUCACUGUCUUCCAGCAGCCGCUUGUUUGUAGCUAGACCUCAGGCAAGUCCAUAAUAGACUGCUGCGGGGUGACGCAGCUCAAGGAAGAACAUUUAUGAUCAUUUCUUUAUCAUUUCCUUGAAGUUAUAAUAACCAUAUUAAUCAUUUUGCACUGCAGACACAGUAGUUCUUCUGCCUUAGUGUCUCAGUCUGAUUGUAUUUCCAUGAAGAAAUGAUCAUAAAUGUUGUUCCUUGAGCUGCGACACCCUGCAGCAGUCCGUAAUGGACUGGCCUGUGGUCAUUUUGCAACAAACAAGCCGCUGCUGGAAGAGAGUAGGUGAGUUGUGUUUAGUCUCUUUGCUAAAGAAAUCAGGUAAAGUUAACAAGAUGUUUUGCUGGGACCCUGUAUGUACUGUUGACGAAGUUAGGUGCUGUUCUGAGCAUUAUUUGUGGCGUUUUGGUUGAGGUUUGUUUAUGGCUCCUCAGACCGCUGUGUAUUGCUAUCAUGCGGUCGUUACUAAAGUUGGUAUAACUAGAGAAGCAAGCAGUCGGCAACAUUUAUCUCUAGAGGAGUUAUCUAACUCGGUGUUAAGGUGUGUUUGACCCUAAAUUAAUUUGACACUGGAAUCCAAAGUAUGGCAGCUUUGUGCUCGCUCAGAAUUGUCUUUUCUCUCCUCUAUUCCCCAUCAGUGUACAUCCACUGUACUCUCUGAUCAUAAUUAGACCUUCAAAGUGAAUCAUCCUCUCUCUCCCUCUGCCAGGAGCUGUAAGGGCUUCAUGCACAUGAAGUUCACUCAGUCCGCAGAGGGACGCUACGUGCUUGGAGAGAACAGCCCUCCCUUCGCCACCAUUCCCGAGGUCAUCCACUACUACACUACACACAAGCUGCCGAUCAGAGGAGCCGAGCACAUGUCCCUGCUGUAUCCUGUCAUAGUGCAGACCCUCUGACGUGGACAUGCUCCUCUCCUGGUGCUACUGAAUACAAUAUACACUCCACAUUUACCUUUAUUACGCCCCCUUUUUUUCCCUCACACCUUGUCUCCUCUACCUGCACUGCUAGUAAGAGAUUGGAUUUUUCUGUGCCAUUUUUUUUCCAUUAACAAACCCCAAAAAACUAUCCUGGCAGCUAAUAAGAAAGCUCAGUGCCUCAUACGUAUCCGCCUGUGAACCAAGUCCCCAUAUUUUGAAUCUGUACACUCCUGAAUAUCAGUAUUAACCAUUAUCAGGAUUUGUAGCUGAGUAUUUAAAGAUCAAAAAAACAAACUCAAGGUGUCUUGAGAACAUUGCAUGGGUUCGUCUGUCGUAUUACAAAGACAGACUUUACUGCCAGGUCACUUUCAGGACUACGACAAUAGUGUUUUAUCCUGUUGUGACCCAAAAUAAUAAACCAUGAUCUAUAUUUGACAACAAGAUUUAAAAUUAGAUGUAGAAAGUAGAAAAAUCUGUUUUUAAGAAGUGCUGUUGCCACAAACAAAAUGUUCUCGUUCUUUAAGUGUUAGCUACACUAUCAACCAAACACUACAUCUUCAACCCUGGGCCCUCUUUGCCGCUGGGUUUCUGUGUUUAAGAGGAGUGAAUGUGACAUGAUGCUGUAGCUGUGUGCCCUGCAUAGUUUCCUCAUGUUGUUUUGAACAACACACAGUGACAGUAUCAAACAGACCCCGCUGUGUCGAUUUCAUGCAGUAACAGGCUCUUGCAAUACUAGUUUAGAGAGUAAUAACUAAAGUAUUAUCCUGAAAAGCUCGUGGCUUUGUGAUCAUGAUUAUCGAAGAAGCUUUGGUUGAUUAUAUACUGUUAUUUGCUGUUUUAUAAGAUUUUAAAUGUGUGUUGAAAAUAAAGGUGUUGUCUGUUUUUAA